AUUUACAUGGUGAAGAUGUUCGCCGCAGUAUUAUGUGUUAUCAUUAUCACGCAGUAGCAGGUAAAUAAAUGCAGACGCGAUCAGACCGCGCCGCGCGCCGCCCGUGCCCAUGAGACUUGCACGCAGCCCACACUGCCCCCAUCAUGGCCAAGGAAAAGCCGGAAGACAAAGGAGUGAACAAAGUGGACCUUGACUCCAUACUUCUGGAGCUGGGGCAGUUUGGACCCUUCCAGUUUCGGACUUACUGCUUCAUUCUGCUGCCCAUCACGCUCAGUGCAGUGUACAAUGCUCAGUAUAUCUUCAACGCUGCUCAGGUUAAUUUCAGAUGCCUGGUGCCAGAAUGCGAGUCUUCACCUACCUUCGCCCCUGGUGCCUGGUCCGAGUGGACCCUGCCCUCGGGGACCCGCUGCCAGCGCCGGCGACCUCUGGCCGAGUCCUGCGAGCCUGGUAGCUUCCACCUAAAUGACACUGUCAAGUGCGAUCGCUUCGUGUAUGAGGAUCGCUAUUCUAUUGUUUCUGAGUUCGACUUCCCGUGCGAGGAGUGGAAGCGCACGCUGGUGGGCAUGGCGCACAGCGUGGGGCUGUUCGUGGCGCUGCCCAUCACCGGGUUCAUCUCCGACAACUACGGCCGCCGCACCGCGUUCCUCCUCACGGCGGUGUCCCCGGGCGUCACGGGGCUGCUGCGCUCCUUCUCCCCCUCGUACCUGGUCUACGUCGCGCUGGAGUUCCUCGACGCCACGCUCGGCUCCGGCGUCUAUAGCACCGGCUUCAUACUUGCACUAGAACUAGUGGGUCCAAAAUGGCGAGUGCUCGGCGCGAAUGUCGUCUCCAUAUUCUUCGCUGUCGGCCAGGUGGUUCUAGCCUUGGUCGCCUGGGCGGUUCCCUACUGGCGCACCCUCACUCGUGUCCUCUACGCACCCUCGCUACUCUUCGUGUUCUACUACUUCGUGGUCCAAGAGAGCGUGCGGUGGCUGCUGGCCAGAGGACAGAAGGAGAAAGCUGCGCAGAUAAUCUUCAAGGCAGCAGAUAUAAAUAAGAAGAAGCUAUCGCCGCAGACGAUUCAGUUUCUGUCGGCGCCUGAUGUGGAGCAGGCUACGACUUCGCCGCAGCCGGAGGAAGAGCGGCAGCCAUCUUUAGGGCGGCAGGUUCUCCGCUCCAAAAUCCUGAUGACACGUCUGGUCAUCUGCUCCGUCUGGUGGAUGUCGGUCACGUUCAUCUACUACGGGCUGUCCAUCAACUCAGUGUCUCUGGCUGGGAACAGCUACGUCAACUAUAUCCUCACAGCCUUGGUCGAGAUACCGGGGUACUGCCUAAGUGUGGUGGCGCUUGAUCGGUUUGGAAGGAAGAGGUCGAUCAUGACCGCUUUCCUCAUUUGUGGAGUGUCGCUACUGGCGUUGCCGUUUAUUCCUGUCCGCCUGCAGUGGAUCUCCACAUCACUCACAAUGCUGGGCAAGCUCUGCAUCAGUAUGUGCUUCAGUAGCAUCUACAUCUACACGUCGGAGUUGUUCCCGACGUACGCCAGACACUCGCUCCUGGGCAUCUGCUCCAUGGUGGGUCGGAUCGGGUCCAUCACCGCGCCGGCCACGCCUUUGCUGAUGCUGUACAUGACCUCCCUCCCCUACCUGAUCUUCGGCUUCAUGGCGGGCCUGUCCGGGGCGCUGAUGGCCCUCACCCCCGAGACGUGGAAGCAGCGGCUCCCCGACACCAUCCUGGAGGCUGAAAACAUCAACAAGAAGAACAAAGUGGCGCCACAGAGCAAGGAACAGUCGUGACGGGUGGUGGAACUAAAGUGGUUUAUAUGUGUAAGGUGUAGUGUUGUUAUGAGACUGUUUGUGGUCUCAGCACAUAGGUAUAAGCGUAACGUAAACGGAUCGCCAUUUUCUCUCCUGCUAAUCAGGCGUUCCCGAGCUCGCGUUCUAUUGGUUGGCAGAAGAAAAAGAAGCGAUCCACUUACGUGACGCUUAAAUAAUGUGCUGUGACCUUUAGGCUGGAUGCUAGGGUUUUAUGUUCAAGGACCAAUAUCUCAUGAGCUAUGAAAAAGUUCCAGUGUCAUAUGGAACGUGAA